GCGGAUGCGGCGGAUGAGAGCCAGAAGGAUCGUCUUUCCCGGUGCAAAGGAGACCUCAUGCAGGUGCUGGGUUUGGCAAGUUGCAAUGGCUUGGAGGCAGCAUGGCCGUCUGAUGCCUCCACAUCCUCGCUUUUGCAGCAGUUGGGGGAGGAGCAGUCCUUCGCAUACUGCCGUCUUCGCCACGGAGAGCUGCACGGAAUUGGCUUGGGCAGCAACAAGCAGACUUGCGAGCGUGCAGCAUGCCUGGCGCUGGCUUUGGCUUCGCUGUUGGAGCAGAGGCCGCCUCCUUGGUUGGAAGGCGAACUGUCUGGGGAGCUUCAGCGAGCUAAAGAUGCAGAAGUCUUACACCUUGACUUGCCGCAUGACGUGGAAUCCAUGGAUGACAUGCACGAUGCCGGCAGAGACGCCCGCGGCUUCGCACGCGUCCCUGCUAAUAUGGAGCUUCCGCAGUCUGGGACUUGGGUGUGGUGGCUUGGUGGCAUCCCUGUGGUGUUGUGCGAGGAUCAAACAGUGGGAGUCUUCCAGCAGGGCAAGAACUGGCUGAUGGAGGUUCUGGGCUUGACAGCAUUGCCAGAAAGCCUGUGCGAAGGCAAGGUUUGUGAGGUGAACAAGGACCGAUUAGACAUGGUGUUUCCGGAUAUCUACUGCACCGGACUGUGGCAGUUGGCGCAUCAGAACCAGCAGUGGCAGGUGGUGGCUGUAGGCCGAAACGUCGAAGAACGUUACCGCGCUGCAUGUGUUGGGCUAGCAUCACAGAUCGCCAACGCGCAUGGUGCUUCCAAAUGGUGGCCCCAAGUGCAAAGAGAGUUUGACCACGGCCACUGGCUUCCGGCAGACGAACUCGGGCGUUUCUACGAUGUAAAAAAGGAGGGCUUUUGGGCGAAUGUGGCCUCGUGGCAGCAGGCCGACUCGAAACCAGGCCUGCCCCUGGCCCUGGCUGACAUCAGCACUCUGCCCGGACUGACCAAGCAAGGCUUCAAAGAUCUGAGAAUGACUUGCCAGCCGGCACUGCACAGGGAGCUCCGAGCACAGGACGGCUAUGCAGAAAUUGACCUGACUCUGUCAGGCCGUCCCUGGCCAUCGAUUCUGGCAGCGCACAAGAUGAGAGACGAAAUCGUUGGACCAGGAGUAGUUCGCUUCGCCAUUGCGUCGGAUGAGAGAAAGCUGGAUAAACGAUAA